CUACGGGCCUGCAACGUUUCCUAUCCAUUAGCACAUUUAACCUGAGGAUACGAGUAUAACUGUCUGCAUGCAGAGAGACACAAUGUUCGCCAGACGACACAGUUGCCAGACAGCUCUUAGAACGGGGCGUUCACUGAUUCCUCAGUAUCAUCCCAUGACCCAGCCGGUUCUGCCAGCUUCACUGCGGACGAUGCAAACAGUGAUCAACCUCCAAGCGAAGGAAAACAAGGAGGAGGCUAUCGAUUUCGAACGUCAAAUACUGAACCCCGAACGAAAUGAAACUUGUAAAUCAGGCACUGACGACGAAGUUGGUCACCACAAGUGCUCCUAUGAUCCGUCCAAAACCACACCAGAAAGCGAAUAUCUGGCCGAUGAGGAAGAGUCCUUACUCGAUGGCAAAGGCCAUCAUCCCCUUUUCGUCAGCCCGGCGAAUGUAGAAGUCAGUCAUUAUAUCGAUCCCAUGUCGGAAGGGGCGGUGCACGGUGCUGCCAGGCUGGGCCCUAGUGCACAGGGCUGGACUCGGAAACAUAGGGAGGUGCAUAUUAAGGAUGUUCCGGGGAGCCAGUAUGAGCGUUAUGAGAAGCUUUUGAAGGAAUUGAGGAAAGCCAACACAAAGUGAAACCCGCUAAUCGAGAUCGUCACUUUGUACUGUCCGUUCGCGCGUUCUGCUACGACGGUUUGACGAACGAUGGCUUAAGUUGUAACUUGCAUAGCUCGGUGGAUUCUGUAUACGGAUAUUAAGAGGCAGGCUCC